UUCCCCCAACUAUGUUUUUUUCCUUCCUAAUAUUUUCUGUUUCAUUCCAAUCCACCCCAAAAUGAGGCCGUGUUCAUUAUUUUUCCUGAUCUUCUAGUCACAAAACAAAAGCAUAAAGCUUCUCACUACCUAAUUCCUCUAAGUUCUAUAUCUGAUAAGCUUGUGUACUAGGCCACAAAUCUCCCAUGGAGAAAACGGUUCACAUAGCAGUAGUUCCUGGUCCUGGCUUCAGCCACUUAGUCCCAAUUCUUCAAUUCUCAAAGAGACUUGUUCAUCUCCAUCAAAACUUUCAUGUCACAUGCAUAAUUCCCUCAGUAGGGUCUCCCUCAUGUGCCUCAAAAUCCAUCCUUGAAACUCUUCCACCAAAUAUAACCUCUAUUUUUCUUCAACCAGUGAAACCUGAAAACCUACCACAAGAGGUUGCUAUAGAAGCCCAAAUUCAGUUCACAGUGACCUUCUCUCUGCCAUCUAUACAUCAAACCCUCAAGACCUUAACUUCAAGGACUCACUUUGUGGCCUUGGUGGCUGAUUCUUUUGCCUUUGAGGCAUUAGAUUUUGCUAAAGAACUCAACAUGUUGUCAUAUAUUUACUUCCCUACAUCAGCAACAACACUCUCUUGGUACUUGUAUGUGCCCAAAUUGGACAAGGAAACAUCAUGUGAGUAUAGAGAUUUUCCUGAGCCAAUUCAAAUACCAGGUUGUGUACCAAUUCACGGCAGGGAUCUCAAUAACCAAGCUCAAGAUCGAUCGAGUCAAGCUUACAAACUCUUCGUCCAACGCGCUCAGCGACUCCCUUUGGUUGAUGGGAUUUUCAUGAAUACCUUCUUGGAAAUGGAAACAAGUCCUAUAAGAACAUUGAAAGAGGAGGGAAGAGGGUCCCCUCUUGUGUAUGAUGUUGGACCAAUUGUCCAAGGUGGUGAUGAUGAUGCUAAAGGGUUGGACUUGGAGUGUUUAACGUGGUUGGACAAACAACAAGUCGGUUCUGUUUUGUUUGUUUCUUUUGGGAGUGGUGGAACACUCUCACAAGAGCAAAUAACUGAGCUUGCUUGUGGUUUGGACUUGAGUAAUCAUAAGUUCUUAUGGGUUGUGAGAGCACCAAGUAGUUUAGCCAGUGAUGCAUAUCUCAGUGCACAAAAUGAUUUUGAUCCUUCGAAAUUCCUGCCAUGUGGGUUUUUGGAGAGAACCAAAGAGAAAGGUAUGGUUGUUCCUUCAUGGGCACCCCAAAUUCAAGUCCUUAGCCACAGUUCAGUUGGUGGAUUCUUGACUCACUGUGGUUGGAAUUCAAUCCUCGAGAGUGUGCUAAAGGGUGUUCCAUUCAUCACAUGGCCACUGUUUGCUGAGCAGAGAAUGAAUACGGUUUUGCUAUGUGAGGGUCUCAAAGUUGGAGUGAGGCCAAGAGUUGGUGAAAAUGGUUUGGUGGAAAGGGUUGAAAUUGUGAAGGUGAUAAAGUGUCUAAUGGAAGAGGAAGAAGGUGAGAAAAUGCGUGAAAGAAUGAAUGAGUUAAAAGAAGCUGCUAUUAAUGCUAUCAAAGAAGAUGGGUCUUCUACAAGGACCCUUUCUCAGUUAGCACUGAAGUGGAAGAGUUUGGCAUAAGAAAAUAAGUUUUAUGAAAUGCUUGGUAAGGAUCUUUGCCCUUCUUUUUUUCCUUCUUUUGUUUUAAUCCUGAUUCUGCCUUCUAAUAAUUGCUAGUUAUUCUGUGCUUCUUGGCACCAAUGAUUAUUACAUGUAAAAUUCCAAUCUAGAAUGUGAUCAUCAUCAUGAUUUGCACUAUUAA